AUGGACUGGACAGACGAUACUUCAAAGAAAGCAUUGAUUGCUUGGGAUAAAUUGUGCAGUGCUGGAGUUACUGCGGGAUUGAAUAUGUUGGACAUUAACAUGUGGAACAAGGCUGCUAUAUGCAAACUAUUAUGGACAUUGAGCAAGAAGAAAGAUAAGCUAUGGAGGAUUUUUGAAGCACAAAAAUACUUUGAACAAGCAGGUUAUGAUGCAGAAGAUGUUUUUAGGCUCAGGUGCUUCUCAAUCAAAGGUAUGUAUAGCAAGUUGAGAGUUGUGAUGCCUAAGGUGGAUUGGAGGAAACUAGUAUGCAACAAUGAAGGAGCACCUAAGUGGAUAUUUAUUUUGUAUGUGGCAAUAUCCAGGAGACUCCUUACAAGAACCAGGCUAGCAAAAUGGGGCAUUGUUAAUGAGGUUAAAUGUCCCCUCUGUGAAAGAAUGGAUGAAGACGUAGAUCCCUUGCUGUUUGGAUGCCCUUUCUCUGCAGCUGCUUGGGAAAAGAUCUUACAGUGGCAAGGGUCACAGAGGGGGUCAAUGGCUUGGCAACAGGAGGUGCAAUGGGCAACUGGUAAUGUUAUAGGAAGAACUGACUAUGCAGAAAUAUAUAGAAUGGCAUUGGCAAGAAGUUGUGUCUAUCAUGUGUGGCAAGAAAGGAACUGGAGGAUAUUCCAGCAGAGAUCAAGAGGAACUAUCGAGAUAACAAGGCUGAUCAUACAAAUGGGAAAAGGGUCAAAAUUUACCUCCAAGUAUGGCUUAUAG